AGUGGUUUAGCAGGAAAUUUCUAACCAGUAAAUUUUGUGCUAAAGAAAAUAAUAAUAAGAAGAAGAAAUGGUCCACUUGUCGACUGCAUGUUUCAUCAUGGUAGCCUUGUUCAUGAUGAAUCUGGUAGAGAUCAGUCCUUAUGUUCUACAAGCUGAAAUGAAAUUCGAUGAUAAAGGUAAUCGAUAUGUCAAAACUGACAAAACAUUCUACGGACUGGAUAAGAAUCAUACACUGACAAUCAAGGUGGAUGACUGUGUAAUCACAUUGGAUUUCUCUCCUCCUAAGAAAACUGAGAUCAAGGAGAAGAAAGGUACUCGAAAGGUUACAGUAACUAAAGGAUGUGACAAGAUAUUUAAGAAAUCUGCUGAAUUGAAAAAGGCUAAAAAUUAAACAUGUCGUUGUGGAGAAUAUAGCGGUUGGAUGUCAAAACGAAAAUGCAUUGUUAUAUGAAAUGCUAAUCCAAUCACUCAGAUUAUGAAUAUACUUCAUUCAGU